UCGUAUCGUUCAGCUGGAGGAAAGGAAACCCUGAGUAAAGUGUAGGAGAAUGGCCAAAUCGAAGGGAUCUUGCUUUCACAUAAUGGCUUGCGCCUGCGGAGAGUCUGCCUCCUCUGACGAGCUGAUUCUGCGGGAGAGCAAAGCCUCAUCAGAUAAAUCUCGGUGGAGUUUUCGAAAGAGAGUAUCUAGCCCUCGAGUGCUUAGUAAGAAUGCCAUUUUAGAGCCUGAGUCUGUUGGCUAUAAUACGGAUAAUAUGGAGGCAACCUCAAGCAAUUUCAAUUCAUCAAUAAAUGCAUGUGUUUCAGAGAAGGCUUCCAGUCAGACGAAUCCCUCUAAGGAAGAAUUCCCUACAGAACCAUCACUGUCAUCUACAAUAGUCAAUUCCAAAGUUUCUGCUACAGUUAUUACACGAAAUGGUUCCAACAAUGAUAAAAAUAUUCUAGAAUCUGCAGCAAUUAUCAUCCAGUCUGCUAUUAGGGGGUGUCUGGGUGUAAGAAAACUUGAAGAGGUUAAGAAUGUUAUCAAGUUGCAAGCUGCUAUACGUGGUCACCUUGUCAGGACACGUGCAGUUGGUACUUUACAUUGUAUCCGAGCCAUUACCAAAAUGCAAGCAAUUUUUCGGGCUCGUUUUGCAAGUCAACUACAAGAGAAGGAUGCUGGCACGCUGGUUACUAAACUUGAAAGCAGUAGAAGUGGCUUAUACACCCUGGGGAAAGGUACCUUCUGCGAAGGAACUAAAAGUUUUUAUUCAUCCAAGAAGCUACUUUCCAAUAGAUUUGUUCAGCAGAUGCUGGCCUCUACACCUAAGACCAGACCUAUCAACACCAAGUGUGAUCCUUCAAAAUUAGAUGAGGUGUGGAAAUGGCUUGAGAGGUGGACGGCGAUAAUCACCUCACAAACUGAAGAAGAAAGUCAUCAACAUUUGAAGAAAAAUCUUUCAGCUAAUUCGAAAUCAGGUCUAAGUGAAUUGUCUGCAGCAUCUGAAAGUAAAGCUGAUUUGAAUGCAAGAAGUACAAGUAAUCUAAGGAUUAGAUCUACUGUUUGUCUUUCUGACAGUUGCAUCAGUUCAAUAGAGAAUAAUGAAGAAAGUGACAUUGAGAUUAAAGAAGCUUCUAAACAAUCUGAUUCUUUUUCUGCACAAUUAGCUCUUAAAACAGAUGAUUAUUCGUCCAAUAAAAAUGAAUCUAGAGGGAAUAAUAUGAAUAACCAUUCCAAAAAGGAGCAGUAUGGACCAUCAGAAACUGAAGCUCGAAAGUCUGCAAUCUGGUCCAGGAGAUCUUCCAAUCCAACAUUUGCUGCUGCUCAGUCAAAGUUUGAAGAGCUGACCUCUAAUUCCAAAAAUGUUAAGUGUAAUAGCUCUUCUAGUUUCGCUCAUCAAGAUUGUGCAGCUGAUUCUAUCAUUCAAGUUGCAGCUUCUGAGUGCGGGACAGAAAUUUCUAUUUCCUCUACGCUUGACUCACCAGACAGAUCAGAAACAGAGUGUGGAGAAAUUAUCUUAGAAAUAGGUUCUAUUGAUAAGCAUAAUUAUGAUGCUGAUAAAUGUUCUGAUAAUCUAUUCAUUAUUGCAAAUAAGGGUGCUGAAUCUCAGGCAAGCGAAUCAAACAAGCUUGAGGAAGCCGUAAUAUGUGCAUCCCUUUCAUCUAAAGCUCCUGAUAUGGCUCCACCUGCAAAUUUUCAACUGGAUGUGACAUCUGUUGAAGGAACUCCUAAAAGUCACCACACUAUACUUGAGGCAUAUGGUACUCCAUCCAGUGAAAUUUCAGUGAAUGUUGGGAGCAGAAGUAAAGGCAGCAACACGCCGAGCCAGAAGCAGAGUUUUACAGGAUCUGGGAGUAAACUGGCCUCCACAGCAAGCACUGCAAAACUUUCAUUAAAUGGUUCGAAGAAUGGAAAAAGGCGGCAAUCCACAGGAAUGUCAGGAACGGACCUUGAAGAUGAACCCAGAAUGAGCAAUAGCAACAGCAAUUCCCUUCCAAGUUACAUGCAAGCCACCAAAUCAGCAAGGGCCAAGAUCCAUGCAAAUAAUUCUCCAAAAUCAAGUCCAGAUUUGCAGGAUAAAAAUAACCACAUUAAGAAGAGACAUUCUUUGCCUAUCGGUAACGUGAAGCAAGAUUCAUCCCCACCAAAGCUAAGAGCACAACAGAAUGCAAAGAGCAAUGGCAUGCAUGGCCCUCAUAAUAACGAAAGGAGAUGGCAGAGAUGAUUCGGAAUUAUGGAUCCGUUUCAGAAAGUUGCUUCAAUGCUCAUCCGAAAAAAAGUAUUUUUUUUGUGUUUUGAAGUGUGUCUAUAUAUAGUUAAUUUACCUUUAAUAUUGUCUGUACUCUAUUUU